AUGUCGAGAUCUGAUUGGCUGGGAGAACUCGACCAUCAACAGAAGGACGUCCCUCUGGAACAGCUGUCCUCUGGGAGCCUGUCCGACCUCACGCAGACGGACGAGGAGGGCCGCUCCGACCAGUACUCGGUCAUCCACGUCUACGCCGUUUCCAUCACCUUCGCCAUUGGAAUCACCGUUGCUUUGAUUCUGAAUAUUCACCUGGGCCUCAGCUUUGUGUUUGCGGAAGGUGUGGUGGCUUCUGACCACCAGCUCUGCACUGCUCUCGGCCAGACGGUCCUUCGCGACCGCGGGUCCAGUGUGGAUGCGGCCGUCGCUGCCGCCCUGUGUUUGGGUGUUGUGCAUCCUCACGCGUCAGGCGUUGGUGGAGGCGGGGUGAUGCUGGUUCAUGACAUCCAGAGGAAUAAAACCACGGUGAUUAAUUUUCAGGGAACAUCUCCGAAAGCACUUACAGAGGAGAUGCUGAAAAAUGUUUCUCAACUAAAGGCAGGUCUGCAAGUUGGUGUGCCAGGUCUACUCAGAGCGUUACACCAUGCUCACAGCUUGUAUGGGAGACUAUCCUGGAAGGAUGUGGUCACCAGAGCCGCGGCGGUUGCCGAUGACGGUUUCAAUGUGUCGUUCAGUCUUGCUGAGGCCAUAUCGAAGGUAAAAGGCGAGCGGCUGUCGCGGCGCUUCAGGGACAUGUUCCUGCCGGGUGGCCGAGCUCUGCUUCCUGGGUCGUUCCUGAGGAUGUCCGGUCUGGCCGGAGUCCUCCAGGCCGGGCUGUCAAACUUCUAUGAUGGGAAUUUCUCACGAGAGAUGGAGGACGAGGUGCGAAGAAACGGAGGUGUCCUGAGCAGAGAGGACAUGAGUAACUACAGUGUACAAGUAGAGCAGCCGGUGGAGGGCCAGUACAAUGAAUUUAUUAUCCAAGUUCCGCCUCCCCCCUCUACUGGUGCAGCGUUAAUAUCCGCACUCAACCUUUUGGAGGCCCUCCAGCUCAAUGGGAACAAUAACACCGAAAAUCAAACGCACCGCUGGAUUGCAGAGGCUCUGGGGGGUGCUUUGGCUAUAGCCAGUGGUUUGGGUGACCCUUCGUAUAACUCUUCUGUGACUGAGCUGCUCUCGGACAUGCUAAGUAUCCGGAGGAUCAAUUCCUCCCAUGCCUCUUCACCCGAGUACCCGACGCGGCCAGAGCAGAUGGCUGGACAGGUAGUCGUCAUGGGGCCGGAUGAACUCAUCGUGUCAAUUGCGAGUUCCUUGAGCACGCCAUUCGGGAGCAGAAUCAUAACUGGGUCGGGCGUCAUUCUCAACAGCCUCAUCCUUGACUUCUCCUGGCCAAACAAAACCCCGGGGCAACUCGUAACCAAUCAGAACAACAGAAUCCAGCCAGGAAAGAGGCCCCAAACAUCUCUCAUGCCCACAAUAGUGGUGCCAGCAUGGCGUAAAUGUGGGAUCCACAUCGCACUAAGCAGUUCAGGUGGACAGCAGAGUUUGAGUGGGAGCACCCAGGUGUUGAUCAGUGCACUGUCAGUCCACAAAGGGAACCCUGAAAGCCUCUUCCUAGGAAGACUCCACCCCGAUCGUCAACUAAACGGACGUCUUGUUGAACCUCCCUCAUCAGCUGAGCUUCCAGAAGAGAGUCCGCCGUAUGAAAAGGGCGUCGUAACCAGAGUGAAGACAAACUUUGUUGUCCAGGGGAUCCUCAGGAACAAAGAUAUAAUUACUGCCAUAACGCCUCUAUUAUCCGAUAGUUCAUCACAGUUCUCGUGAACUUUUUAUUGUGAAAAAAAUCCUCCUGGUGCAUAUUAUGUGUGGUAGUUUCUGGAUAAGCUACUAUUGCGCUGCAUGAUGCAAGUGUAUGGUGGUUGUUCUCCAGUGUUUUGAUACUCGUGUCAUUGCGUUUACCGGCCAGCAGAGGGCAGUCAUUCAAUAUUUACUUUCUAUUGAAGAGGACAAAUGUGUCUAUCCAUAAGAAACGUCUUAAAUAAAGCUUAAAAGAAUAAAGCCAUCAUGCUCGAGCCCUCGGCUGAUAUGUCCUGAUCGACAACAGGCUUCGGUUUUAUGCAAGUAGAGGUCACAUGGUCACACACGCAUAGACACAUAAUGGCUGAUGUGCCUUCAAGAGCCUGUGUCAUGCAUACCAGUUGUGU